AUGUCUUCCGUCUGGGAUGCACCCGCAUCGGGGGACGCCGAAUGGGACAAGCAGGACGGCGACAGCCCGGAGACGGGCGACGCUGAGGCUUGGACUUCCACUUCCCCUGGCAAAGACAACGAUGACAACAACGAGACCAAUGGUAACGACGAGAACGUGGACCCUCACGCUUCCGAGUACGAGGCUCAUGAUACCGCUCGUGACCACGGUGACAACCAAGACUUUACCUGCCGCAACUGCGGCGAGACUGGCCAUUUCGCUCGUCAGUGCCCGAAUGCUGAGGUCCAAAAGUGCUUCAACUGUGAUGAGCCUGGACAUAGCAAGGCUGAUUGCCCUAACCCGCCGAAGCCCCGUGCUUGCUUCAGCUGCGGCGAAGAAGGACACAGCAAGGCCGAUUGCCCCAACCCUGCGAAGCCUCGGGCUUGCUUCAACUGCGGUGAAGAAGGACACAACAAGGCUGAUUGCCCCAAGCCCCGUGUCUUCAAGGGAGCCUGCCGUAUCUGUGCCCAGGAAGGCCACCCAGCCUCUGCUUGCCCUGAGAAGCCAGCCGAUAUCUGCAACAACUGUGGCGGAGAAGGCCACCUCGCUCAAGGUUGCACAGAAAAGCGCAAGUUUGACUUGGACCACAUCGCCGACAAGCUUCCCGAUGAGGCCUGGGCCAUGAUGAAGCAGGCCAGUGACGAGAAAGACAUGGAUGACUUCCGCGAGGCUAUCCAAAUUUACACCAAGGCUGUUCCGCAGACCACCUACGUCGAUAUCGAGAAGAAAAUGCGCGAGGAAGAAUUCAAGAUCUUCCUUAUUGCUCUGGAGAAAGAGCGUGAGGAUGUCAUCAGCCUGAUUGACCUCCAGGGCCAACUGGACUGUGAAUUCGUUGUCGGUUACUACUUCUCCGACAAGCCAAUGCGUGCCAACCUCGAAGAGCGUUGGCCUCGUGAUGCUGAAGACAAUCUCGAGCGCCUGGCCAAUGCUGGUCUGCCCUACGAUCGCAAGGUCAUGAAGUGCCGAAACUGCGGAGAGAUGGGCCACGGUUCCCGUGCAUGCAAGGAGGAGCGUGCUGAGGUUGAAAGACUCCAGGUCAAGUGCGGCAACUGCGGUGCCGUUGGUCAUCGUGUUCGAGACUGCCCUGAGGAGCGCCGCAGUCAGAACGGAUGCCGCAACUGUGGCGAGGAGGGCCACGAGGCCCGUGACUGUACCGAGCCCCGAUCUACAGGCGAUGUUGAGUGCCGUCGCUGCAAUGAAGUCGGCCACUUUGCGAAGGAUUGCCCCAACCAGACUGAGCGUGCACCUCGCACCUGCCGGAACUGUGGCUCUGAGGAUCACAUUGCCCGUGAUUGUGACCAGCCUCCCAAUCCCGAUGCCAUGAUCUGCCGCAACUGCGACCAGACCGGACAUAUGGCUCGUGACUGUCCCGAGCCUAAGAACUGGUCUAAGAUCAAGUGCAACCGUUGUGGAGAAAUGGGCCACACUGUGAAGCGCUGCCCCCAGCCUGAAGAAGGCGGAUUCGACGAAGUCGGUGGCGAGGAUCCAUUCUCCAGCCAGGCUGAUGAUGUUCAGGCCGAUAAUAGCCAGGAAGAUGUGGACGCAGACCAGGCCGAGAAGAAUCAGGACGAUGCGGACCAGGAUGAUGAGGUCGAGAAGGUGCGCCAGCGCCUGGACGACCAGUUCUGGUAA